AUGAUGAUUGCCCCUGUGCGUGUUGCCUGCUCCUCGACGCUGCGUAUGGCGUCCCGCGUGCCACGGAGCGUGGCGCCUAUGCCUGUGCGUAUGUUCCAGACCUCGCGUCUGGCUGCCGAGGUGAAGACGUACUACACGCCCGAGCACGAGUGGAUCCGCUACGACGACGCGACGAACGAGGGUGUGCUGGGCAUCACGGACCACGCGCAGAACAGUCUGGGCGACGUCGUGUACCUGGAGCUGCCUGAGAAGCAGCAGGAGGUGUCCAGGGGUGACCAGAUCGGCGCUAUCGAGUCGGUGCGUAGUGCACACUAA